UUUGCGAUGCACUUAGUGCGAAUCAGAAUUCGAAAGUGCGCCUUUUAUUUACAACAGCAGCGACUUUGCAGACUACGCAGUGGAAAAAUGUUGAGGACACUUUUACUCGUGGCGUUCUCCACACUUUUGAUAACACAGUUCGGUUUGUGCCUACCAAACCCAUCCUCCUCGGAAUCAGCGGAGAGCAAUAACGUUGCGCAGAGCACCCAAACGACAACACCGUUGCCGGAAGAAAGCAAUUUGCCUAAAGCUCGGCAGAGACUCGAACUACUGAAGUACAAAAACUCGUUGAAUAUUUUAAAUUCUGAACUGCGAAAAAGCAACCAGAUAGUCAACGACGUGUUGGCAGAUCCAUCCAUGAAUAAUAUCGACAACGAAGAUAUGGAAUGUGAAAAAAGUGUACUGCGAAAAUAUGUGGAGGACUCAGAAAAAUGGUUAGUUGCUACUUUACCUUCCAACAAAAACGAUCACGAAAAUCGCUUGAAGUUGGAAUUUGAGAAAAUGGUUGUGCUUUGCAGUCUGCACCAAUAUGUGCGACGACUUUCUUCAGAUAGAAGGGAACUAACACUAUGGCAACAGAUUAUUUGGGAUGCUUUGGAGGAGCAUGGAUAUUUUGAGUACCGUACGGCGUUUAAUAAUCGUAGAUACACAUUUACUAUGUGUAAUUGGGAUGAUGAGCUUGAUGAUUUAUGAAGACACUUUCCGCAGCCGAAAAAGAGAGGACACGAAAAACGAGCUUGGAUUGAGCAAGGAUCAAUUGGGAAAACAAUUGUUCACACUACUAUUCAACUUUGAUUCUGAUACUGUUCACGAAAUGGCACAAAAGGGAAAUAAAUAAAUAUCUUAAAUAAAAUUUUA